GGUUGCCGUUGCCGCCACUCGGGCCAGAGCUGGGGGGCUGUCUCCGGGGGUCGGGAGGGGCAGAUGAAUGGGCAGCGGGCGGGAGAAUAUGAGUGGCUUUCCUCGACAAGGAGGACUUCCGGGGUUAAAUCAUCCGGAAGCGGAAGAGAAGGGCUGCCUGCUGUCCGCCUGGCUCUCCGGGGGAACGGCGGCGGGUGGCGGAGGUGGAGGCGGAGGUUCCGGGGCUGCCCCAUCUCAACUGGUGGCCCGUGCGCCGCUGGACUCCGCGUCAUCGCGACCACUGUUCCCCGCUUCAGCCCGGGCGGGUCGGAGAGCGAGGGGCCGCGGGCGGGCUAGAAUGGAAGAAUCUCACUUCAACUCCUCCCCGUAUUUCUGGCCAGCAGUGCCCACAGUCUCGGGGCAGAUUGACAACAGUAUGUUCAUUAAUAAAAUGAAGGAGCAGUUGUUGCCCUCAGAAAAGAGCUGUGGUCUGGCUCCUCCUCACUAUCCUACUUUACUGACUGUCCCCACUUCUGUGGCCCUUCCCACCAACAUUUCUAUGGAUUCUGACACCAAGCCAGAACACCUUACCCCAACCAGCCAGACGUCAGUAACACAGAACAUCACAGUGGUACCAGUGCAGUCUACUGGGCUCAUGACAACAGGACCCGGUCUGGUAAUAACUUCUCCCUCUGGAUCCCUGGUGACCACAGCCUCUUCUGUGCAAACCUUUCCCAUUUCUGCACCCAUGAUUGUCUCAGCUCUUCCUCCUGGUUCCCAGGCUCUCCAAGUGAUACCUGACCUUUCUAAGAAGGGCGCCCUUGCAGAGGGUGGAGCAGUGAGCGCUACUGGAAGUAUCACCCCUAAAGCUCCCAGAGGAAGAAAAAAGAAGCGGCUGCAGGAAACGGGCCUGCCGGACAUGAGUGAUCCUUUUGUGUUACCCAAUGACGAUGAAGAAGACCAGCACAAAGAUGGCAAGACAUACAGGUGCCGGAUGUGUUCCCUGACCUUUUACUCCAAGUCAGAAAUGCAGAUCCACUCCAAGUCCCACACCGAGGCAAAGCCACACAAGUGCCCUCACUGCUCCAAGAGUUUUGCAAACAGCUCCUAUCUGGCCCAACAUAUACGCAUCCACUCAGGGGCUAAGCCCUACACCUGCAGCUACUGCCAGAAAGCCUUCCGCCAGCUCUCACAUCUACAACAGCACACACGGAUCCACUCCAAGCUCCACACUGCGGUUGUCAAGCCACACAAGUGCCCUCACUGCUCCAAGAGCUUCGCCAACACGUCCUACCUGGCCCAGCACCUCCGCAUCCAUUCGGGGGUCAAACCCUACACGUGCCGUUACUGCCAGAAGGCGUUCCGCCAGCUCUCCCACCUACAGCAGCACACACGGAUUCAUACUGGAGAUCGACCCUAUAAAUGUGCUCACCCUGGCUGUGAAAAGGCUUUCACGCAACUUUCAAAUUUGCAGUCCCACAGAAGGCAGCACAACAAAGACAAACCCUUCAAGUGCCACAAUUGCCACCGAGCAUACACAGAUGCCACCUCGUUGGAGGUUCACCUAGCCACCCACACAGUGAAGCAUGCCAAGAUUUACAACUGCUCCAUGUGCAAUCGGGCCUAUACCUCGGAAACAUAUUUGAUGAAACACAUGCGGAAACACAACAUCCCUGACCCCCAGCAGCAGGUGGCUGUGGUCCAAGCCCAAGUCCAGGCACAGGCAUCACAACAACAGCAGCAGCAGCAGCAGCAGCACUUCCAAGCACAGGGCAGUGGAGCAGCAGGGGGUCCAUCCGGAGAGAACCCGUCCAAUCCUCCCCCACAGUGUUCUUUUGACCUUACCCCAUAUAAAACUUCGGAGCAUCACAAAGACAUCUGUCUCACGGUUAGCACCAGCACCAUCCAAGUGGAGCAUCUUUCCAGUUCUUAGAGACCCAUGGCUGAAGAGGGGAGUGGAAAACUUCUCCUGCAUCAUCUGUGCCCAUGGGCAGUUCUUUUGUGAUGGCCUCUCCUCAUGCAGCAGCUUGUGACGGCUUCCCUUAGGGGGAGGGAAAUGGGGAUACUAUCUAUUUAGUGGCUGCUCCUUGGCGUUACCAUUAGUGCCUCCAGAGGCACAACCUUCCCCCUGUAAACAGGGGGACCGAACUUUCUUUGUGCAAGACAAGGGCUCCUCCCUUACAACAGGCCGCCUUGUUCAUUAAGGGAACCCCACUUUCUCUCUCACUUGUUAAGGUAUCCAGCAGAGAUGAGAAAUGAGGGGGUACCAGUGGAUGAAAGGAGCUUCAGCGAAUGACUGAUUGCAGGUGAAUGAGGGUGACUGGGGGUCUUCCAAAGAUUCCCUUGGGGUGUAGACUGGAGAACGUUUAUUCGUUGUGUCACUCCCUCCCCUCACCCCCCUCUUUCCUGUAAGCUGGAGGAAGGAAGAAUGGCUGCUCCUGUUCUAGGCAUCAAAUGUUGUUCGGCUUACAAAACCUUGAAGAUAAUGGGAGGUUGCUGGUGACUGACAGCUGAGUCUGCAUAAUCCAUUACUUUAGGGGGCUAUGGAAUGGGGGAGUGAGUGCCUAAUCUUUUCCCAGCCAACAUCAGGAAGAAUUAGGGAUGGAAAGGUGGGUACUACAACUUAGAAACUUAUAGGGUUUAACCUCCACCGUAAUGUUAAGCCUCCUCCAGGCAUCAAGUCUAAACCAAAAAAGAAAAAAGAAAUGCCUAGUGGUAAGAGUGCCAAAAUGACAGCCCCCCCCCCCCCCCCCCCAAAAAAAAAAAAAAAAAAAGAGAGAGACUGAGGGUUGUUUUUCUGUUUUCACUCCCCUCUUUCCCCCUUUCUGCAAUAAGUGCAGUCUGGAACCCAAGGCUCAAAGGAGGUCUUUGCGGGAAGCCCCUGGGGCAGGGAACUGUUGGGCUACUUCUCUCUACGUGUGCGGUCCAGAUGCCUCCUUCACUGUCCUUACUGCCAAGCCAGGCUGGAUAUAAGAUGGCUGUAGUUGUGGUGAUGCUUGGAGAGCAAGAAUCAGAGGAAUCUUCCAGGGGGUGAACAUGGAGAAGAGGAAAUGGUGGAAACAAUCAAUCCUGCACUGCACAGAGAGACCAGUUAGAAGGGGAAAUUUCCCAAACAACAGACUCUGGCCCUCUCCCCACUUGAAUUUAUAUAUAAAUAUAAAUAUAUAUAUAUAUAUAUAAAUCUAUAUACAGAUAGUUGGAUAGAUAUAUCUAUUCACACUUUGAUCCCAUCCAGCCUGCCUCUGUCCUUGCUGUAACUGUUUCUAUCCGUGUUUUAUAAAACCACAUUAUCCUUGCACACUUUUAUUUUCAGUCCUUGAUUUUUAUCCUUCAUACUCGGUUGAUGUUUUCAUCUUCAAAGUAUUUCCCCUUUGCUUUAAACUUGCAAUUUCUUGUUCCUUCAUUUCAAUAUUCUGAUUAUUCCGUCGGCCACAGAGGCACAAAAAGCCAAUUGGGCUUUAAGUGAAAAAAAACUGUCUCUACUAAGCCUGCAAA